AUGCGGGACUUACGGUUACUUUGCAAAUCAUUUUCCAACAUGGAAUCGUCCAGUUAUGUCGGUUUUGCCAAUCUACCGAACCAGGUGCACCGAAAGUCGGUGAAGAAAGGGUUCGAGUUUACGCUGAUGGUCGUCGGUGAGUCUGGCCUCGGUAAAUCCACCCUGGUGAACAGUCUGUUCCUGAGCGAUCUCUACCCGGAACGUGUAAUACCGAAUGCUGUUGAAAAACAAAACAUGACGGUCAAGCUGGAUGCGUCCACGGUGGAGAUUGAGGAACGUGGCGUGAAGCUGCGGCUGACCGUUGUCGAUACGCCCGGAUUCGGUGAUGCUAUCGAUAAUAGCGAUAGCUUCAGUGCGAUCCUCGAGUACAUCGAUGAGCAGUACGAGCGGUUUUUGCGCGACGAAAGUGGGCUGAACAGACGUAACAUUGUGGACAACAGAAUACAUUGUUGUUUCUACUUUAUCUCACCAUUCGGCCAUGGCCUCAAACCACUCGAUAUUGAGUUUAUGAAGAAACUGCACUGCAAGGUAAACAUUGUGCCAGUGAUCGCGAAGGCGGACGUGCUGACGAAGAAGGAAAUCCAGCGCCUCAAGUGCCGUAUAAUGCAGGAGAUUGAAGAUAAUGGGAUCAAAAUCUAUCCACUACCCGAUUGUGAUAGUGAUGAGGAUGAGGACUAUAAGGAGCAAGUGCGCCAGCUGAAGGAAGCGGUCCCGUUUGCCGUGUGCGGAUCGACCACGCUGCUGGAGGUGAAGGGACGCAAGGUGCGCGGUCGUCUAUACCCGUGGGGUGUUGUCGAGGUGGAAAAUCCGGAUCAUUGCGAUUUCAUUAAACUUCGCACCAUGUUAAUCACUCAUAUGCAAGAUCUACAGGAAGUCACCCAGGAGGUCCAUUACGAAAACUAUCGCUCGGAAAGGUUGGCAAAAUCCGUUCGGAAAAAUACGAACUCGGUCAUUAAGGAAGAUACUGCCGUAACCGGUGGUGAAUCGCUGACGGAGAAGGAUCGAAUUUUGCGCGAGAAGGAAGAAGAGAUCCGCCGAAUGCAGGAAAAGCUCGCACAAAUGCAAGCCAAAAUUCAGGCACAGAAAUAA